GUAAAAUCGAGAAGGCAACAGGAAGAAAAGAAUAAAAAAUCUCCAGCUGCAAAGGGAACUAGUUUUAUUAAUCAAAAUCAAAGGAUAGUUUCCGUUAAAAAUGCAAGAACGAUUAAUUAUGUAAAGUGAUUUAAAGCAUAGUCUUCCUGAUCCCUUUUCAAAUGAAGACGAUGAUUAUAAUAGAAAAGAAGAUUCGAGAAACAAUCUGAAUGAUGCGAGUUAUUCAAACAUGCCAUUAGAAGCAAGAUUGCCUCCAUUCGGUCCUGGCGAUCGUUCAACUAGUUCAAAAAAUAGAAAAUCAAAUAAAUCGAAGGAGCCAACUAGCAAAUCGCCUGUUAAUGCAAAACCCAAUUGGCGCGGGAUUAUAUAUAGAAUAAGAAAUAAGGAGGUUAAGGAGGAAAGGAGAAUUGGACCGAUUCAAAUUACAAAUUAUAUUGGUAAUUCUAUGGAGAAAUUCCCAUACUUAGAUCGAAAUCAAAACCAAUCUAAAUUAAUAAUCAAUCAAUUUGUGGGAUAUAAAAAUAGCGUUAUAGAAUAUUUAAUUAAAGAUCCUUUAAAUUAUGUCAACGGAUGCGCUAAAUUCCCCGUAUAUGUAGCAACUGUUGCUACUUCCUUAUUAGAAGAAUUAACGGAACUAGACUAUCUUCAAUCUUACUUAUCAAAAAAACAUAGGGUUGGAGUUAUAAAUGCCGAGAAGUGGUCACUCUUUUUAUUACCGACUACAAAAGAAUUUAGUGAUGUUCUUUAUGUAGAAAAACCAAAGAAUGUGCAAGAUCUUUACUUUGUACUUCAGUUCUCGAAGAAUGAAAUAGUAAAAUCACCAUUUUCUUCGACAUUAUCAUCACGUCCUAAUGUUUAUUCAAAUAGUGAUCCAAAUUUAGGUCCAGCGAAAAAGCAUAAAAAUUCCGUUGUUAAAGCUGUUAAAACACAAGAUCUUGAAAAAUCGCAACAGAACAAUAUAUUACCAAGUAUACAAUCAUUGCCAUGCUCACCACAAACACCAAAUAAGGAAAUUUCUAAUAAUUUAGAUGAACCAUCUUCACUUACAAAGCGUAAAAAUUCAGCACAGCAAUAUGACAAAAUGCAACAGAAUAAUGUGCCUUCGAAAACUUCACCUCAAAUUUGGCCAAAUUUCAAUAGUACAAAAAAAGAAAUUUCUAAUAAUUUGGAAUUACAACUUCCAUCAGCUAAAAAACAUAAAAAUUUCAUUCACACCGAGUUAUUACAUUUUGACAAAAUGCAACAAAACAAUAAGUUGUCAAAAGAAUCAUUUUCAGUUCAGUCAAAUUUCAAUCCAAAUGGGAAAAUUUCUGGUAAUCUGGAUUUACAAUCUGAAAAGCACAGAAAUUCUGAAGAAAAUCAGCAAAACGUUGUACCAUUACUUUCUCAUUCUUCUCAAACUGUCAUCGAAGAUAAAUCUUCAGAUUUGUCAGUUAAUUUUAAUAGCGAAUUAAAAGAUUUUUUUGAAACUUCAAACUUUGCCGUGAUUGGAUCAAAAUAUAUUGAAAGUCAAAAUGUAAUUAAUCAUUUGAUGAAGAUUGGUAGUAAUGAAGUAUUAAUCAAGGAUCCUCGUAUAAAUUGUAUUUUAGUAAGUUAACUCCUUAUUUUUAAAAAUCAAUUUUUUUUUUAAAAAAAA